UCUUGACGGCGGCGACGCUAAAAUGUGACGUUGCUUAACAAAUUUAGCAGCAGCGCUGACUGAACUGCUGCAUCCAGACACACUUGGCAAUUUGUCAGAGCAUUUUAUCAGGAUGAUGCAGUCGUCUAAGAGGACUGAGAGUGACUGGCAGGGGCUGGUUAGCGAGUUCCUGGUGUGCAAACGCAAACUGGAGAGCAAGAAGGAAGCCUUACUCAUCUUGUCAAAGGAACUGGAUAUGUGUCAACAGGAAAGAGACCAGUACAAGCUGAUGGCCAACCAGCUAAGGGAACGUCACCAGGGCCUUAAGAAGAAGUACAGAGAACUUAUUGACGGUGAUCCUUCGUUACCACCAGAGAAACGCAAUCAGGUGAACCUGGCUCAGCUGCUGAGAGACUCCAGGGAGCGAGUGAAACAGCUCGCAGAGGAGGUGAAGGAGCUGACUCAGAGGCUUGCAGAGGUCCAGGGGGACAACAAGCUCCUCCGGAUGACCAUCACACGACAGAGGCUGGGCGAUGAUGAAGUAGGUGUGCGGCACUUCCCUGCCCACGAACGCGAGGAUCUCGUUCGCCAGCUGGAACGAGCGGGACUCCAGAUGGAGGAGAUGGAGCACAACACGAAGGCUUUGACAGAUGAGCUGCAGGACGUGAAGGCAGAGCGCGCCGUGUUCAGCGAGAAGGCCGAACGACUCAAUGUGGAGCUGAACCACAUUUUGGGCAACAAUGAGGCACGCAUAAUCGACAUAGAUGCUCUCUGCAUGGAGAACAGGUAUUUGCACGACCGUUUCCGCCAAGUACAAGAGGAGGUGAACCUGCUGAAAUCCAACAUUAUGAAGUACAAGACUGCACUCGAGAGGAGAAAAAACUCCGGUGCAUACGGGAAAUCCAACCACAGUCCUCUCACCGGAGUCCUCUCAGCCAAACAAGUUCAAGAGAUGCUCCUGGAGGACCAAGGCUGCAGCCUGCCGGCCACACCCCAGUCCAUAUCAGACCUCAAGUCCCUAGCCACAGCUCUGCUGGAGACCAUCCAUGAGAAGAACCUGAUCAUCCAGCACCAGAGGCACACCAACAGGAUCCUCGGAAACAGAGUUGCUGACUUGGAAAGGAAGCUGAAGACCUUGGAGGUGUCAGGACUCUGGAGCCUUCCAGGCUUGACCUACCGCGUAUCGGUGGGAAUUGGGAGGACACGCGAUAGCAUCUCUCUGAAUGAAAGCCUGCAGCUGGAGCUUCAUCCAUCACGUGCCACAUCUCGGCCAAGCACCAGACUGCAGGCGCCCAAAGAUGAGAGAAGUUCCCAUGAAUCAUUGUGGGAAUGCCACACCAGUGGCAGCGACCUUGCCCCAGAUGUUGUCAGCAGGGAGGACAGACCUGCUCUCCUCCACAGCCUGGGGCCUCUACGUCGCGUGGAGACUGAUGGGGGAGACGGCGGGGGAAGGGGAGACACGGUGACUCUGACAGAAGAACACACUGCUUUGGAGCAAGAGGAAGAGGAGCGGAGUCCGGUGGAAGAGGCGGGGCACGAGGUUGAAGGUGCUGAAAAUGAAGAAUUGGGCUCCACCGUGGAGGAAGGAGAAGAGGCAGCGCUGGCGCUUGAUGCUCCGACCUCUGAGACGAAUUUUCACCGGCUUCCACUGAGGCAAAUAUCAGACAGUCAUUUUGAGGUGAGUCGCCUGCUGUGCGCACCCCUGGAUGAGGAUGCCAGUAACGUCCCCGAACAGACAGAAUCCUCAAAAUUAUCCCCAGAAUUCCCCGUCACAGACACAUCCGGUACACAGGACUGGGACAUUCAUUGUCAGUCAGCGCCAAAGGACACCUGCCACAACGACAGCCUGGUCUAAUAAGACAU